AUGAAGUCACUCGUCGUGGUUCUUCUCUUUGCCCAGGCAUUCCGGGCUUUAUCCUGCGCUUUUGAUAGAGUGGAAACGUUGACUGGCAAUAGAACGUGUUGGAAGUUUGAUGAUAUCAACGAGAGCGAGUGCUUUGCCAAGUGCUUCCAAAUCAAGGCAUGCAUUGGGAUACGAGUCUCAACAGAUGCCGCGUGUACUUCGCUGGGGAUUUUGAACACACGAAACAAGACGGAACCGUUUUGUACGCCUUUCAACGCGACGAUAUGGAUUCGACCACAUGCACGAGAUUUGUGA